CUCACCUGGGAAACUACACGAACAGAAAUUGUAUACUGUAUAUCGUACGUCGCUUUAUACUGUAACAGUUCGUAGCUGUGGAUAACUGUUGAUUUGUAGAAGACACCUGUUUGUCUCCUUCAAGUUCAUAACAUACUAGUUUUUGCGCAAACUAAAAUAUUUAACGAAUCAUUCAAUUAACUUUUGAAAGUGAGCUUUGGAACUGGAGUUUUACCUAGUUUAUAAAAUAAAACGCGUGUGUCGUUAAUCGUGAAAGUAUAUUCGUAAAGUAUUCGUGUUGCCUGUGGUAUUUUGUUAUUGUUCUUGUGGAAAUGGUGUUUGGUUUGCUCCAAAUAUUGUACGAUAUCGAAAAGAAAAGGUGAAAACAAUUGGGCAAUUCGUCCAGCGCAUAAAGAGAAAGCAGUAGUUGUACAAAAAUCAGCUUUAAAUGGAUGACACCCAAAACGUGAGCGAUCUUGAGGAAGCUCAAAAUGUCAUUAGAAACCUUCGCCAAAAACUCAAAGUACAAGCACAGCAAUUGGCCAAUUAUAGGAGGGCUUACAAAAUGCAGGACUGCGUGUUGGCUCGGUUGCAACGCGAGAAAGCGGAUCAGUUGAAGCUUCUGUCUUCCAAGCUUUUAUUAUUUGAAUCACGUCUCCUCCGAAAACAAAAGGAUAUCUCUCUCCUCCUAACGCACCGCGAAAACAUUAUUCAUCAUCAGCAAAAAAUAAUUGAAAAUCUAACCGGUAGAUUGAUCGAGAACGGUCUGGACUGUUCCCAAAUUGACUUCGAACAAAACCGUUUAGAUUUGGAAUCAUUGAACGAUUCGGACAGCGCCGUGGUACUCGAAGACAUGGACUCCGAUUGUACUUUUACCAGUAUACCAAAAUUAAGAACAACAAAUUAUGAUUCCGUAACAGUGAUGAGAUCGGUUUCCGAUGCUUUUGACCCAUCUUCGAAAUACGCUUCGAGGAGAUCCAACUGUUUCUUGAGGAGACCGGAAAUACUGGAAACGGUUUACAGCGUUGAAGAGGACGCUGAUAGUAGUGAAUGUCAAUCGCAAGAGAAAAAGAGCGACGUCAAUAAAAAAAGAGACGCAUUCGCGUCGCAAAAGAACGAAAGGAUUGUGCCUAAAAACGACGAUUUGUUGUACGGGUUUGGUUCUUCCGAAUGCACCGAAAUGCGUCAUCAGGAGUCGGAAAGACCUACAAAAUUGACUAAAUCUACCGACGAUUCUGCAAUGGAAUCGACUAAUAAAUGUUCUAAUCAAGUGACCACAUAUAACAGGGUCAUGUUGAAUCAUAGGUCUGUCACUAAACCGAAAGAUGUUAAAUACAAAAGAAUCAACAAGGCCAAAUCCAAAAGUUUAGAAGAGCUUAGAGGGAAGUUGAAAAGUUGGGUAGAGCAUGGAACCAAAGUCAAUAGCUUCAGUGCCGAACACGGCUGAAACUGUUUUAGUAAGUCUUAUCUUGUAAAUAACCACUUUCAAUUAUUUUGUGAUAACUACUGUUUCCUACAAUCUGUUAGGACAUUUCCUACUGUAACAUAUACGUAUUUCGUAUUAUAAGUUUACUUCUAAAUAAAUCA